AUGGAACGAAAGAACUCUUUCGACCAGGCGUCAGCUGGCUUUCGCGCACAUUUGCCCGACCUCACUAGUCCAAGAUUCACAUCUGCAGCUAAGCAAAAUAUCUACGAGUAUGUGCAGUCAAUGCAAGACAAUCGCGCGCCACCGUGGCUGUACGACUUGACUAAAGUCUGGGAAAAGCUUCUUGAGGAGCCAUACAAGGGUGUGACUAAUGAUGGAAAAGUAAGAGAAGGGCUGUACCAAGCAAGAGAUGAGGGUUUCGAUAUAGGAAACGUCGUGCAGAAAGCAGAACAUUUACUCGGUGGCUUGAGCGAAGACCAAAGAAAGAAAGUUAGCUAUCAGAUCAAUGCACGAGAGUGGCGAGCUUGGAGUAAUCCGGAGUUUCUGCUGCGACCUUUUGGUCUCAGGCUGGAAGAAGUGCCAGAGCAAACAGCUCAGUCAAUCCUAAGCGUCAUCGAAGCCUCUUUGUCACCAGAAGGCUACCAAAAGGCACUCUCCGCCAUGCGUGUCAACCACUUCCUAGGCGAAGUCGUCAAGCUCCCCAACAUCAUGAACAAAUACUCCUACAACUUCCUCCUCUUCGGUACGCCCUCUUCUUCCCCCUCACAGCCAUGGGGCUGGCUCCUCUACGGCCACCACCUCGACAUUGCCUGCUUCUUCAAAGGCCCUCAAGUCAUUCUCUCUCCAUCAUUCACCGGCGCCGAGCCCAACAUCAUCGACGCCGGCGAAUGGAAAGGCACAGAGAUCCUGCACAAAGAGGGCAAUCUCGGCUUGAAGCUGAUGCAAAGUCUGAGCAAGGAGCAACAGCAGAAAGCGCAGGUGUUCAAGAAUUUGAGGGAUGAGGGCAUGAAGCAGGUCUAUGGAAAUUCGAACAAUGAUGAGAGUAAGCGCGAUGAACUGAUCUCGGACACUUGGGGCCCGGACGACCAGCGCCAUCGCUGCGGCGCCUUUCGCGACAACCGCAUCGUGCCGUAUGAAGGCGUGCCAGUCUCAGCCUUCACCUCCGACCAGCAGCAGCUCAUCCUCGACAUCUGCCACGAGUUCCUGCUGUACCAUCCUACCAAGUCCCGCGAUCUGAAGCUCGCGCAAAUAAAGUCGCACUUCGACGAAACGCACUUCUGCUGGAUUGGUGGCUUUGGUGACGAGGAUCCGUUUUACUUCCGCAUCCAGAGUCCAGUUAUUUUGGUUGAGUUGGAUCAUCAUUCGGGCGUGUUUUUGACGAAUAAGGAGCCGGCAAAGUAUCAUACGCAUACCAUUGUGAGGACGCCAAAUGCGGGGGACUAUGGGCAGGCUAUCAGAGACGAUAAAGAUAAGCUCGAGUAG